AUGAAUCCAUCAACACGGUCGUUCGUCUUGUUUGUUCUCGUCUUACUUGCUGGAUGUCUUCUCUGCACAGCCAAUAUCAGCCAUGGCGAGAAACAAGACUCAUGUCCCUUCUUAUUCUUCUCAGAAUCCUCAUCAUCAAUUGCCCAUAUCGAUUUCAAGAUUAAUUCUUUUUCCUCUCCUCUUCACAUUUGCUCUGGAGUGGUUGUACGAAAACAACGUUGGAAUGGUCACUCCCUGGUCGUGCUUGCUCCUGCCAACUGUUUGAUGAGCAAUUCUCGAAGAAGUCAUGAAGGUGCUUCUGCUUUUACUCCUAUCCAAACAUCCUUAUUGAGAAUUCGUAUGGUGAAAGAAUAUGUCAUUCAUGGAGAUGAUGAUGAGGAUGAUGGACAGGAAGAACCUACACAAAUUCGAGAGAUUAAAUUUCAUCCAAAGUUUAACCCAUUCACCUUGGAUAAUAAUAUUGCCCUUAUUGAGGUCGAGCAAGAGGAUGAACAAUUUGUCAUGAGAAAUCCUCAAGUGCAUGACGAUGAUGGAGAGAACUUCAAUUGUUUCACCCAACAAUGGAAAGCUCUCGAACAAGAAAUGGAACGCAAUCCCUCUCAAUUUGAAUUCACUUUAUUGGCAUCCAAUAAUAACGAAUGGUUGAAAGUACCAGCAAACUCUCUUCGUCACAAAUCUUCCAAUUUUGCGAAAGAAAUUACUCUCAUGUUGGAUCUUUCAAAAAAGGAAGUACAGGAAGAUGACGAAUGGUUCUCGAAAUCCAUCUUGUUUGUGAAAUCACCAUCGAAUUCUCAACAUGAUGAAAAUCAAAGUAAUGAUGACCUUUCUGAUCGCAUGAUCCCUGUUGGACUUGCUUCUUACAGAACGAACGAUAAUCAACUAGUUUUCACUUCGAUUGCAUUCUUUAUGAAAGAUUGGGUGAAACAACAACUAAAAUCCUCCAAGUUGUUGAUGGUCAAAAAGAAUGAUCGUGUGGCAGAUCGCACUAGUAGUAGCAGCAGUGGUCAUGGAAUUGUCAUGUUACGUUAUUCAUUCGACUCAAACUUUCAAACGAACACCGCUCAUGAAAGAGCACCACCAGCAAUGUUGUUGAACCAAUCAGAGAUUAUUCGAAAUAUCCAUCAAAGAAUCUACUCAUUGAUCCACUUUUCAGAUACUUCUUCUGAAAGUAGAGCUUCAGAGAACAAUCAUCAGGAAAUGCCAAAACCACAACCUAUUCCUAAGCCCACAACACGAUUUGUCCCUUUCCAAAAUUCAUAUGACACAUUCAAUUAUGUGAAAUCUAUUUCAAAGAAUAUUCGAAAGAGAUUGAUUGAAACCAUUGGUUUUGAUGGAGUAGCAAAUGAAAGUGAUUCUGUAUCAAGUCAUGAAAAUCAAGAUUUAUCUACAACCAUUCCUCAACCAGUACCAAAAUCUAACCAAAGUGAAAAGCUCACAAGAAUUGCAAGAAGUAUUCAUGAGAGAAUGGAAACCUUUGUAAAGGAUCAUUAG